AUGUCGCCGUUCAUUUUACCUCAAGAGUUCAGCCUUGCCGAUGUCAAGUUACACAAUACCGAGGAUGACAUCUACAUCGCUAUCCACGGCAAGGUCUACGACGUUACUUCUUUCCUACAAGAACACCCCGGUGGCGCAGAAUUUCUGCUUGAAGUUGCCGGCGAAGAUGCUACAGAAGCCUACGAUAAUACUGGCCACUCUGAUGAAGCACACGAGAUUCUCCCCGAGCUGGAAGUUGGAACUUUGAAGUUGGACCCGGCUUCCAAAAUGGAUCCCGUGCAGCAAUUGCCUGAUUCUAUCGUCCAACACGCAAAGGAGACUGGUAUCAAGGUCUUGAAACCGGACGUCUUUCAGGAAUUUGAACUCGAAAAAAGAACUGUUGUUUCUCACAAUGUUGCCAUAUACCGGUUCAAGUUGCCUAGUCCCGACUCCAUUUUCGGUCUGCCUGUUGGCCAGCACAUAUCCAUCGGAGCAAUGAUACCUCAAACCGACGGAACGACAAAAGAAAUUGUUCGGUCUUACACACCAAUAUCAGGCGAUCAUCAGCCUGGAUAUUUCGAUCUCUUGAUCAAAGCAUAUCCUCAAGGAAACAUAUCUCAACAUGUGGCCUCGCUCAACCUGGGAGAUAAGAUUAGGAUCCGCGGACCAAAGGGUGCUUUCAUUUACACGCCUAACAUGGUUCGUCGUUUUGGCAUGAUUGCUGGUGGCACUGGUAUCACGCCUAUGCUCCAAAUCAUACGAGCAAUCAUACGUGGCCGCGGCGAUGGUGACAAGACUGAAGUUGACCUCAUCUUUGCCAACGUGAACGUUGAGGAUAUCCUACUAAAGAAAGAUUUGGACGAAAUCAGUCAAGACGCCAGCAUUCGCGUCCACUUUGUGCUUAAUAAUCCACCUGAAAACUGGACUGGUGGAGCUGGUUUCGUCACAGAAGAGAUGAUCAAUGCUUGGCUACCGAAGCCGGAAAAAGAUGUCAAGAUACUACUUUGCGGCCCUCCUCCUAUGAUGAUCAAGGCUGAUGAUGUCGAUUGA